ACUGCACGCCAGAGCCACUCCAGCCCGGAGGUUUGCGGAGGUCCCCGCGAAGCGAAUUGGGGGACCCGCUGCUAUUCCCGAGUCCCCUCGCACCAGCCGGGCCUUGGCAGAGUCACACAAGCACGGGGACGAGAAAGGAGGUUCGGGAGCACCUGCGAAGCCCGCCGACAGGGCCCCGCCUGGGAAGAUGGCCUGCUACGGGAAGUGCAUUGAAACUGUGAUCAAGCAACUGGACCAGUUUAAACCUGAGAAGGACAGUCCUGAGCAGUUCCUGGAGACCGUGUCCACCUCCCUGCAGACUCUGAGUCCCCAGAAGCAGGCGUUCAUCCUGGAGAUUCUGUCCGGGUGCCUGGAGUACCGGAAGCUGCUGACCAUCGUGGUGGACGCCUUCUACUUGCGGGACGGCCGGCUCUGCCUGUGGGCCGACUACAGCCUCUUUGAGGUGAUCUGCUACCUGGCCACCUUCCAGCUGGAGAAGCUCGGCCUUCAGCUCUUCCGUGACAUCGUCAAGUCCCAGCCUGUCCACAAAGUGUGCAAGUUCCUCAGGUUCUUCUUCAACCCCCUGAACCUUGGCUCAUGGAUCAAGGACGAGUGGAGCCUCGUGUACGAGACCGCCUACGUGAGGGAGAACUGGAUCAACCCCCUGACGAGGUGGCAGCCGGAGGUCCAGGAACUGAUCAACCAGCUGCAGGGACUGUUGACCAAUCAGUCCCCUCUUUCAAAGACCAAGGCCAAAGUCACAGAGCCCAAGGAGUUCAACCUGACGGCCCCCAGGCCCCGCACCAUUCCAGUGCCUGAGCCAGUCCCUGAGGUGGCCAAGACAAAGCCAGUCCCCAGGAGCACCUACCAGCCGCCCAAGGAGCAGCAUUUACUGGAGAUGACCAAGAGAUACAACCGCUGGAAAGCAGAGGAGCUGCUGCUGAGGGCCAACAUCGAGGAGAGGCAGUGUGCCGCGUCCAGGGCCUGGGGGGCGCCCCCGCUGCAGGACUCCAGGAAGAAGCUGCGGCGCCGAUUCCUGCCCCGAAUCCUCAAGACUCCAAAACUGACUUUCUACAGGUCUAACAACAAUGCCCCGGUCAAGCUGAACACUGCUGCCAUCCUGCGAGAAGGGGCCUUGUACCAGCGGCAGGUGGAGAAGGAGCUGCAGAGGGUGGACAGACUUGUGGAUGGCGCUGGGGACUUCUCCGGGUUCCUCGAGUGGCAGAAGAAGAUGCAGGCAAAGGACCAGGCGGAGCAGCUGGCCGCGGGCCAGUGCCGGAGGCUGCAAGGCAAGCUCAGCCACGAGGAGGCCGUCCUGGCGCGGCAGCAGGUCGUGCAGGAGAAGAAGCAGAAGGCCGACCGGAAGAAGGCGGAGACAGCUGAGCUGAUGCAGCAGUGUGCUGAGCGGCGCCUCCAGGAGGAAAGGUCCAUGAAGGAGCUGGUGGAGCAGGUGAUGGAGACACAGAAGAACGUCAAGGCGGCACAGACUAAGCUCCUGAAGGGCCGACGGCAGACAGUCCAGGAGGUGAUAGAGGAGAGCCGGGAGCUGCUGCAGCGCAGCGCAGAGGCAGCCAGGGAGGAGCACAGGCGGCGCUUCGAGCUCAUUUCCCAGCUGCGAGCCCUGGAGACUCAGCCCACACGCAGGGACAAGCUGGUGGACCUGACACAGAUCCCCAGCUACGGCCUGGAAGGGGAGAUGUCCGUGGUGGAGUUGCGAGAGCGGCUGGCCCUGCUCAAGGAGACUCAGCAGCGUAAGGAGGAGGAGAAGCGGGACCAGAUCAUCCAGGGCAAGCGCGCCAAGAGCCGGGAGCUGCAGAACACGGUGGAGCAGAUUGCGUUGUGCCGCGCGGCCAUGGGGAGAUCUGCUGCCCUGAGGCGCAGCUGGAGGCGCAGCGCAGGCUGGAGCUGGAGCAGAGCCGGGAGCGCAGGCUACGAGCGCUGCAGCGGGGAGGCUCGGCCUGCGGGCCCGCGCGCCGCCUGGGGGCCACCUGAGCCAUGCCGGCCAAUCGCAGGACCCCGAGACCCCCGCCCGAGCGGAGCGUGCGCGGUGGCGUGCGCCCCUCCUCCUUGGCUGCGCCCCCAGCGCUGCACGUCCCGCCCCGCCCCAGGCUCCGCCUGCCCCGAGCAGGGUUGCCCAAUAAAAUGCAGUUAUUACGUGGGACAAACUAACGCUAAAAAUGUAUACUCUCUUUAUCUGGAAUUCAAAUUUAUAUGGGCGUCUUGUAUUUUAUGUGCUAAACAUGGUCACCCUAGCCCAGAUUCUAGGCCUUUCCUACGGCCUAGCGCUAGACAUUCCUGGCGCCCCCUCUUCGGAGUUCCCAGAGCCCUCUCUGCCUGUGGAAACCUGGAGUCCCCGUUCUCUGCUCGGAGUUGGGUGGCUUAAUCCGGAGAUCGCCAACGCUGGGUAUGUGAUUGUGCGUGUGCGAUUGGGGGAGAAAAGGGCCAGGAUCCUUGAGCCACUAGGAACUGGCCCUUCUCGUGCCUUAUCUCCUGUAAACCUCCGGGCAGUAGGGGAGCUGACCAGGGUUGUAGCAACAGUACCCCACAGCCCUUCUGCUGCUGACGUCACUGGUGCGCAAAGACAUGAAGUGACCUGCAUGGAGAACCAGGACCCAGAACUAAGUCCGGGUGACUUUAGGGCAUGCCCAGCCUUCCCCAGCAUCACUGAAGCACGAGCUGACCUGGGGUCCAGACAGGAACCGAUUCAUUCCCCUGGGUCCUUGGACCCAGCACUAGACUGGAGACCCGGAGCCUUGAGGACAGGCUGGCCGACUGAAAGCCUGAUGGCGAAAUGGAGUCUCAUGAAUAAUGCACGUGUGCUGCAGCUCCGGGAAGGAGAGAGGAUGGCCAAGUCCUUGGGGUGCGGAGCGGUAAGGGAGGGGCUGGAAACUGCCCUGUGGGUAGAUGUCCAGGAGAGAGACCCCCACAUCCCACAUCCUCCUUGGGUCUGCGGAGGAGAUGACACCUCAGGGGGAGGCUAGACCCCAGGGCACAUUCAGACCAGGAGGGUGGACAUCUCAGAGUGACAAGAUCAGCCUGAAGCCCAGAGUUCUCGCCCAGUAUUCUGAACUGUGUCAGAACCCUUGGACUUUCCCACAACUCAGGUUGGUAAAAAGAGAAAUUUUCCACCUGUCAAAUUAGAGCUGGGAGCAGAUUAAGUUUCAUUUAAAGAAAUAAACAUGACAUUUCUUACA